CCCGACCAUGUCAGAGUGGGUGGAGUGAAUAUAACAACUACUGUUACAAGCUGUUCAAAGACAAAGUCGACUGGUCUACUGCAAACGGGAAGUGCAAACAGCAUGGUGCAAACCUUGCUUCUGUUACAAGCGCUGACGAGAACAACUUUGUUGCACGCCUCAUCUCGGAUGGGUAUAUUCGGCAUCUCGUCUAUUUUGGACUGAAGCGUACGGGUGGACGAUGGGAGUGGACGGAUGGUUCACCACUUUCCUACACCAACUGGGCUCCGAACGAACCUGGCAAAAACUUCAUGGGCAAGACUGGAUACUGUGGUAAUAUGUACUCCAAGGACGACAGCAAUAUGUGGAUCCGCGCAGAGGGGAAGAAAGGGCAGUGGAACGAUCACGUAUGCAGCUGGGAGCUUCCCUACGUUUGCAAGACUCCGAAAUGA